AGGUGAAUACGGCAGAUUGCUCCGACUUCAGCUUAGUCCAAAAAAGGAAGCGCUUUCUAAUGACUUGAUGGGUUUGUCUAGAAGUCCUGCCAGUGGAGGUGGGGAGGGGAAAGAAGAAUGACACGAGUCCUCGUGCUCUUUGCUCUCUGCGGCAUCUCCACACCUAGCCCUGCGCCCGGCACACCGCAGACAUUUGUCACAUUAAUCGAAUGAGGAAAACAGCUUCUGGUGGCAGAGCUGGAAUUCCAGCUUGGUAUCGGCUGCCUCCCGAAAUCUCUGUCUGUAAACAUAACAGCCAAGGGGCACGUGUGUUGGAGUCAAGGAUCUUUACCUACGUAGGCUGACCAACCCGUCCUGAUUUGUCGGGAACGUUCUGGAAGUCCUGCCUCAUAGAGCAUCCCCCCAAACUGGAAGACUGGUCUCCUGUAUGCCCUGCAUUUGGGACCCCACAUAGCUGUUACUUUGACCCACCUUGCAGACGAGGAGAUGGCUCCGUGGCCCAAGGCUGUGCGGCAGGUGUUUCUAGCUGUGCCCAGGCACUGACUGGCCAAGGACCCCCAUCGGAGAGCCUCGGACACCCUAACAGUGAACGAGAAUGGGGGACGAGGAUUACAACACCUCCCUCACCUACGACGAUGAGUACUCGGAUGAUUUUGACCCCAUCAUGGUUUUGGAUGAGUCUUCUCCCCUGGAAGGCAAGGUGGCCAGGAUCUUCCUGGUGGUGGUCUACAGCAUCGUCUGCUUCCUCGGGAUCCUGGGCAACGGGCUGGUGAUCAUCAUCGCUACCUUCAAGAUGAAGAAGACGGUGAACGCCGUCUGGUUCCUCAACCUGGCCGUGGCGGACUUCCUGUUCAACAUCUUCCUCCCAAUCCACAUCGCCUACGCCGCCAUGGACUACCACUGGGUUUUUGGGACGGCCAUGUGCAAGAUUAGCAACUUCCUGCUCAUCCACAACAUGUACACCAGCGUCUUCCUGCUGACCGCCAUCAGCUUCGACCGCUGCAUCUCCGUGCUCCUCCCCGUCUGGUCUCAGAACCACCGCAGCGUGCGGCUGGCCUCCGUGGCCUGCGCGCUGAUCUGGGUCCUGGCUUUCUUCCUGAGCUCCCCGUCCCUCAUAUUCCGGGACACAGCCCUCGUGCACGAGAAAAUAUCCUGCUUUAACAACUUCAGCCUGUCUGCGUCCGGCUCCGCGCCGUGGCCUGCCCACUCCCGCCUGGACCCCGUGGGCUUCAGCCGGCACAUGGUGGUGACCGUCACCCGCUUCCUCUGUGGCUUCCUGGUCCCCGUGCUCAUCAUCACAGCCUGCUACUUCACCAUCGUCUGCAAGCUGCGGCGCAACCGCCUGGCCAAGACCAGGAAGCCCUUCAAGGUCAUCGUGACCAUCAUCACCACCUUUUUCCUCUGCUGGUGCCCCUACCACAUGCUCUACCUGUUGGAGCUACACCACGCCGCCAUGCCCGGCUCUGUCUUCAGCCUGGGCUUGCCCCUGGCCACGGCCAUUGCCAUUGCCAACAGCUGCAUGAACCCCAUUCUGUAUGUCUUCAUGGGCCAGGACUUCAAGAAGUUCAAGGUGGCCCUCUUCUCCCGCUUGGUCAAUGCUCUGAGCGAGGACACGGUCCACUCCUCCUACCCCAGCCACAGGAGCUUUACCAAGAUGUCAUCGAUGAAUGACAGGGAGACCAGCAUGCUUUGAAGCUCUGCGGGGAACCCCCAAUGGACAGACAUUCCAGCCUUGAAGGCCCAAAGCUCUGGCUUCUCAAGACCAGGGCAGAAACAUCUUCAAUAUCCACCCAUGCCCACUGUAGUCUGCAGGGGGCUGACCAGUGUUUUGAGCUGGGAGUCCAGGGCUUCAAACUCCUUUCUUCAAGAGGCAAGGUGGACAGAGCAUUGCCAUGACGCUCUCCAACUUACACCAGAAUCCCAUACUUCUUGGGAGACCAGCCUUGGCCAACACAAAGCAAAAACAGGAGAAUUCUCAAAGUCACUGCCAUGAACUGGGAUGAGAAUAAGACAGAGGGAUAAAGCUACCUACUGUGUGCUCCCCUGGAAUGUCAAACACUCUGCAGGGUGUCUUCUCCUGGUAGGAGCAAGGGGAGGUUGGAGCAGACUCUGUGUGAUGCCAAUCACACCUCAGCCCAUUUGCCUCUAUCACCAACCAGCCAGAAAUCCCACCACCCACACCAUUGCUCUGGGUUGGGAAAGUGAAGAUGCACAGGUUACCAGGGAGGGAGGGGAAAGGGACAUACGAGCUCGUGCAUGGCCAGAACCAUGGAUUUGGCUUUCAGAUCAGCUGGGAACACAGAGAACAGGUCCUGAGAGGCCAUGUGGGCUCUCCAUGAAGGCAAGACACGUGGGGCCACCAUAAGGACUUGGGGCCUGGGGAAGCGGAGGAGGGAGAGGGCUAAGGCCCUCAAAGGAGGCAGCCUGCAGGUCCUCACCUUAGAACUUCCCAGGGUCAUGGUGCUUUGGGACACAGCUAUUUCGGGGAUCGGGGUGGUGCCAGCCCCUCCCCGCCAGCCCUGCUCUCACCUGGCAUUUGUCGCCUCAGGCAGGGCUGGGUCACAGCGGUCAGCAACACCUGUAGCUUCCACCCCAUCAUGGGGACUGUCCCUUCCCUGGUCCACUGACUCUGGCUACAAGUGCUCAGAAUAAAACUCUCCAGGGCGGAGGCCCAGAGAAGGAGGGCCUCUCUUGCUCCUCAGCUUCCUCAAAGCCUUGCUCAAACCAGCUUCGGGAAUCAACCUGGGAGUGCCACGCAAGGUGAAGAGCGUGUCCCAGUGCUCAGUCUCUGAACUCAGCAGGGCCUGGAAACUGACGCCUUGUGCUGUGCUCCCGAGAUGCAGGCCGUGGGGUGCUGCAGGCGUGGAGCCUCUCCUGGUGCAGCCUUGUUGCCUUUUCUCAACUAGGACCAAUACCCUCCUAUGCCAGGGUGUCACUGUCCCAUAUACAAAUGACAAAGCUGAGGCUCAGUUCGGGGGUGGGGGGCAGGGAGGAUGGGAAGUAAGUAACUCACCCAGAGACUCGCAGUAGAAGCAGAGUUAACAUGUGAACCCAGCUCUGUCUGGCUCCAGAACCUUUUUUGUUGUUGUUGGAUUUUUUUUAAUGGCAAAUGUAUCUAUUGAGAAUAUUCUAGAAUGUCAUGAUAGCUUACAUUUAUUUAGCACCCCCUAUGCUAAACACUUUGAUGCGUUAUCUCAUUUAUUCCUCCCGGCAGCCCUGAGUUAGGUACAGUUAUUACUUCCCUUUUACAUAUGAGGUAUAGCUGAAGCUCAGAGAGGUUGAGUUACUUCCCUGAGGGCGUCCAGCUGAUCUCUGCCAGAACCUGGAUUUGAAACGAGGUCUGUCUGGAUCGAAUAAGGCUACAGAAUCAGGGUCUGAAGAGUAGCUUGGGGGUUUGACCAUAAAUAUUGAUUCCUCAGCAGAUUCUUGUAAAUACCUUCAUGACUUAUAAGCCAGCUUUGCAAAUGGUUUUCCAAAAUGACCCAACAUGGCAAAGAAAGCACACUUGGCCUCUAGUUCCCCGACAUCCCUCCACACGUGCCCACCAGGGUUUCCAUCUCCUGAACCCCCUGAGAGCUCCAGGGAGGGCAGUGGGGGCAAAGCAGCCAGGCCGGAGGCAGUCACUGGUGGGCCCGAGGCCAUGUAGCCUCCGAGUGUCCACAUCCUCUUCCCUUCCAAGUGCUGCUGUUGUGAAGCUGAUUCCCUGACAAGAUGCAAUGAACAGAUGUAAUGUCUACACAGCUCUGGACAACUUCCCAAGGCCAUGAGCUGUUUGGUAAUCACACCUCAUUAAGAGACAGACUGUUCCUUCUCUCCUUGGGUCAUUGUGCUUAUGAUGAGGCAGCUCUGAAUUAACCCCAAGAAGGGCGACCAAUGGCUUUAAGAAAUCUGAACUUGGACCAUCUGAGAGCAAAAAGGGAGCUUGAAAUAUUGCCCAGUGCCCCUUGUCACCCCCUCCCCAACUUCACAGGUAAAGCAAGUAAGGCAUAAGACAGUGUAGGACAGGUUCCAGGCCCCAGAGACGGUCAUCAGCCACUCAGGCUCUGAUCCCCCGGGUGCUACUUGCUCUGGCUGGGUCCCCCACUCUUCCUGGGCUGCGUGCAGGCCAGGCCAGGUCCCGGAGCCAGGAAAUCAUUUUGUCAUUGGAGAAGUUGAUGAACAGGAGUGAAAUCCAAACCAGCUGUUUCCUCCUUGGGGUCAGGCCUCUUUCUGGCUGCCCCACCAGGAGUUUCCCAUUAAAUACUUAAAUGCAACCAUGAUAUCCUCCUGAAUCUUUUCCCUGCAGCUUCUUCCGAGGAUCUCACAGGUCAUUCAUACAAAAGUCCUGUGGUUCACUCCACCCGCAGCCAACGUGCUUUGUGCCUGAGAGGCCCCCUUUGGGGCCAGGACCAGGCCAAUGGGGUGUCAGUGCUGCUUCCUGGGUGGGGGGAGGCACUGAGGGCUCACGGGGAAGCAGGCAUAAAGACAAGAAGUGAAGGUGGUGUUUGGGAGGCCGGAGAGCGGGAAGCACAGAGGAAAUGCAGAAUAGAGAGAAAGCAAGAGUCUGGCAUUUAUUAAGCAUCUACUGUGUGUCAGGUGAUCACAAUCUCAUCAGACCCCAAAAUGAGAAGAGGACCAGCAGAGCCACAUGGGUGAUGCAGAAAGGGAGGCUGGGAUUGCAGACCCCACCUGUUCAGGGUCACACAGCUAGUAAACGGCAGAGCCAGGCUUUGAACCGUGCUGCUGCCUGAGCUCCCUGCUUCUUCAGUCUGUGGGAGGAAGGAGAGAGAGAGGGACGGGAUGGGGGGAGAGGGAGCAAAAGGAUGGAGGAGGGGCUCAGGAGGGGACAGUGACCUGGAUGUGGUGUUGGCUGAAGUCAGAGGAAAGAGUCUGGGUUAAGCCUGCCCCUGAAGUCAGCUCUGGAGGGCUCAGGGGCCAGGCUGGGUGGAGAGGAGGGAAUCCAACAGUGAGAGCCAUGAGGGCCUUUCCCUUUCACAGAUGAGGGAACCGAGAGCUUCCCUUUGCUGCAAACAGAGUUGGUAUUUGCUUGGAUGGAGGUGGCCCCUGAUACCCCAGCCCUUCCCUCUCCUGUUCCUCCCUGGCAUGCUGUGCUCUGGCUGGAGCCAGAGUGCCCCCAGGUUCUGUGGCUGCCAAACCCUGGAUUUGGAAAAUUGCUGCUGCGGGUGGUACCCAGGACCAGGGGGAACCACGAAACCACUUAUCCAACCAUGAAAUAACUCAGGAAGGGGCUUGCUUGCUUUCUCCCUUUGAGGACAAAAUUGCUUUUGAAUAAAGAGACUGAGGCAAGAGUGGGGCUCUGUGCCAGACAUUCCUGCCCUCCAAAACACUCUUGCCUUCCUCAUUCACCUCACAGAGCAGCAGGUGAGGCUCAGAGACGUGUAGUGCGCUAUCCAAAGUCACACAGCAGUGUUGUGAGGCAGCAGGAGGAAGCCCAAAAUUCCCUACCAUUCCCCAAAUUUAGGACAUCAAAGAAUCUGCAUUUUAAAAAGCAUUCCCUUCACUUAUUUCAAUUUCUUAGCAACCGAAGGCAGUAGAUUGUUAGUAACUGGCUCAAGAUAGCAUCCACCCAUUCACACCAACAUGCAUCCACUCACCCACCCACCCACCCACCCAACAACCAUCCACCCACCCAACCGAUUUACAUAAUGAUUCUAUAUCCACCCAUUCACCUAUUCCAUAAAAAUCUAUUUAAUACCUUCUGUUUGCCAGGCCCUGUGGUGGGCACUGGGAAUGCAAGGAUGAUCAGGGGAUGCACAGUCUCUGUCCUUAAGAGGUCAUUCAUAGCUUAGUGGGAGAGACAGCCAAUAAUUUUUUUAAAACCGCACCCUCGGUGGGAAACCACCACACUAAGCAGCACAUAUUAUAGAGAGAUCUGACCCUGCCCAAAGACCAGGGAAACCUCCUUGGGCAAGCAACGUUUGAGUUGAGAUGUGUAGGACAGGUAGGUGCUGAUUCAAUGGUGGGCAGUGGGGAGGGGUGCCGGAGAGGGUGUUCCAGGGGGUGGGAACAGCAUGGAAGGGGACAGUGAUGGCGAGGGACUGAAGGGGGUUGGGGCCACAGCAGAGGGUGUAGGCAGAGCACAGAGCAGACAGGAUGGAGAGGAGGGCAGCACAGGCCACGUGCAGGGCAGCGACCUGCUCAGAUCCGCAUGUUGCAAUGAUGCCCAAUGCGGGUGGGUGGGUGGGGGGUGCUGCUCUGGGCAGGACAGGCUGGGGCAGGGGAGAAGGGGAAGCCAGGAGACUGGGGCAGCUACAGGUGAGUGCAGUGGGAGCAGAGGUAGAGCUCAAGAGAAGUGGACUAUCCUAGAGAUGCUUACAAGCUACCCAAGCUUUCUCAGGGGAGUGGUUAGCGGGAAGCCAACCCAGGGCCGUUUCAGCUGCACAAAGGCCUCGGUGCAUUGCUUUAUUGAUGGAAAUUAAUUGUAAAUAUUAUUCAAAUUUACCUCCCAAUGCACAAUUACAUUUCUCAGGGGAGUCCUCUGAGCACAUAAUAAAGCCCUAUAAAUAAUACAUAUAUUAACCUAAGAAGAUCGGAGGCACAUUAAUGCUGCACUUUGCGGGUGGUGGCUGUGGGGAAUUUAUGCAGACAAGACUCUGAGUGCUUGGACUAGGGUUUGACUUUGGAGGUCACCCGAGCUCUGUCCUGGGGAUCUUCCAGAAGUCUCUUCCCACCCCACCCGCCCCCGCCACUGCCCCCUGGAAGGCUGCCAGCUAUUGCUCUAGAGUCCUGGUGAACCGGCAGGAGGAGGCAAAGAGAAAAGGUGGUAAAGGAUGGAAGAAGCACAGGUGUAUAGGAUGCUUACUUUGUGCCCAAAGCUUCAAGAAAGCAAUACUCACAAUAAUAAUAGGUCAUAUUAAUGGAGCAUGCCCAGGGGUUGGGUAUCUUCCAAGUGUUUUGGUUGUAUUAACUUGAUGAAUCCUUACGACCACCUUUGUGGUAGGAGCCAUUCCUCUCCCCACUUCCAAAUGAGGAAAUGAAGGUUCAGAGAGGUGUGACGUCUUGCCUGGCAUCACACAGGUCACACAGCUAGUAAGUGACAGAGCUAGGAUUCAAACCCAAGUGUGUUUGACUCGAAAGCAACUUGCAAACACAAACUAUCCUCUAACGAGAUCCCUCCCUGGAGAGAGGAAGGCAAGCAUAUGCUCCCGAUCCAGUGUUAGAUCUUAAGGAGGUGGGAGUGGGGGGGAUUUGACUGAUUGCUUUUUCCUCUCGGAGGAAGGAAAUGCUGUCUGGAUGGGCUUGUCAUUUCCUCACAGCCCCGGGAAUCUUAAAAACCACAUCCCUUCUCAACCCCCCCGCCCCGCCCCUGCCCGCCAUUUACAGAUGGUGAAACUGAGGCUCUUUGCAGUUGGAAGCAGGACCUCCCAGCUCACUCACUGCUGGGAUGUGAGAUCCCAUACCACCCACUAUUCUAGAGACCUGGGCAUUCACUGAGCUACUCUUUUCAUAGUCUGGUGCUAAUCUACCCUGAAACCACCCCUGCCCAGGAUCUGAGGGGCACUGGGGGCAUUUCCAGCAGGAUCCUGUAAAGGGAAGGCAGGAGGCCUUGGAAAACCCUGGUACAAGGCAGAGACAUGCCAUAUUUGGGGCAUGAAUGUUAUCCCUCACAGUCAUCCUACAGAUGGGUGACGAUGCUAUCUGGAUCUAGGUGGUAGUGGUUGUGAUGUGGCUAUCUUUAUACAUCAAACCUCAUUUGUCUAUACAUAUAUGAUUACUGCACUUUACUGUAGUAAGUUAUGCCUUAAUAAAAGUAUUUUGAAAAGUAAAUUCUUAAAUAAAAUUUAAAAUUCAUGAAUUA